AUGGAUCGUCCGACCGAAGUUGGCGACAUUGCCAACCAUCAUCCGGAGGCGCCCGAUCAUCAUGUGCCGCUUGACCAUCUGCGCUCUCUCUACUAUCGCCCGGCUUUAGGAUCGGGUGUCCUGGUGCCCUCGUCCGAGUUGACACUCGAUCCGUCGGACCGCCUUUCGGAUCGCCCGAACCAAGAUGCAGCCUUCUCUCACGCCUCUACAGCGAGUCGGCGCGAGUCGACCUCGUCACUCUGGCAGAGCCACAGACGCACCGACAGCAACGCAAGCCGGAACGCAAGAGCUGCUGCUGCCUCGUCCUUCUGGAGCCCAAACGUCGCCAACUCGCAUCCCGGCUCCCACGCCAGCAUCCUAGCUCAAGCUCAAGCACAGGCACAUACGCAGGCCCACUCGUCACCCGCGUCUCAGGCGUCGCCGGCGCUCUCGCAACUGACGCUCAAGGAGCUCGGAGCGACGUCGGCUCUUCCGCUGCCAUCGUCCAUUCAGCCACGCCAGCUGAGCUACAUCCACGCGGCACCAGGCUCGAGGGCUUCGUCCUACGGCCUCGGUAUCGGCCGAAUGGAGGCACAUCAUGGCCUGCUCGGCGGCGCUCCAUCGUCUUACGGCUACCUGCCAACGCGCGUGCUGCCCGUCGAGGAGAAGAAGAGGAUCCUCGUCACAGGCGGAGCAGGCUUUGUCGGCUCUCACCUGGUGGAUCGCCUCAUGCUCAUGGGCCACGAGGUGCUCGUCAUCGACAACUUCUAUACCGGUCAGAAAACCAACGUCUCGCAGUGGGUCGGCCAUCCCAACUUUGAGCUCAUCCGCCACGACGUCGUCGAGCCCCUCGUCAUCGAGGUCGAUCAGAUCUACCACCUCGCCUGCCCCGCCAGCCCCAUCUCCUACCAGGCCAACCAGAUCAAGACCAUCAAGACCAACUUUCUCGGUACGCUCAACGCGCUCGGUCUUGCCAAGCGUACCAAGGCUCGCUUCCUUCUCGCCAGCACCUCGGAGGUCUACGGCGACCCAGACGUCCACCCGCAGCCCGAGACCUACAACGGAAACGUCAACCCUGUCGGUCCACGCGCGUGCUACGACGAGGGCAAGCGCGUCGCCGAGACUCUCACCUAUGGCUACUACUACCAGGAUGGCGUCGACGUUCGAGUGGCUCGCAUCUUCAAUACGUACGGACCGCGCAUGCAUCCGCACGACGGCAGAGUAGUCAGCAAUCUCAUCCUGCAGGCCCUGCGUGGCGAGCCGCUCACUGUGUUCGGAGACGGUACCCAGACACGAAGCUUCAUGUUCAUCCAUGAUCUCAUCGACGGAUUAAUAUCGCUCAUGAACGUCGAGCCAUUGCCGGCGGACGAUGCACCACAGUCGCGUGCGCCACCGGGCGCUUCAGCAGUCGACAUGAUGACCGAAGCGCCCGACUCCAUCAUCCCUACCCGCUCCACCGUCGCGACACCCGCUGAUGAGACCAUCACCGCCGCUUCGACCGCUGCUGUGGGCGAUGGCUACUUUGACCCGAGGCACGUUCAUCGCUUCGACGUGCAUACGCCCGUCAAUCUGGGCAACCCGGCGGAAUUCACCAUCAUGGAGCUCGCCCACCUUGUCCAAGUGUGCGUCCACAAGGUCAAGGCGCAAGACACGCAUGCCUCGGUGCGCGCUCCGGGCGAACAAGAGGCCAAAUCCGAAAUUCGCUUCUUCGCCAUGCCCAAAGACGAUCCCAAGCAGCGCAAGCCCGACAUUACACGCGCCACGGGCCUCCUAGACUGGCAUCCGCGCUGGAAGCUCCAGGACGGCCUCGAAGAAAUGACUCGGUGGUACUGGGAACGCAUCAAGGAAGGUUCUCUUUGA